CAUGGCGGCGCCCUCGGCCCCGCGGCCGCCCCGGCCCCGCAAGGAGCCGCAGCCGCUCGUCAUCCCCAGGAGCGCGGCCGAGGAGCAGCGCCUCCGCCUCGAGCGCCUCAUGAGGAACCCGGAAAAGACUGUACCAAUUCCUGAAAAACUGAAUGAAUGGGCACCACGACCUCCCCCGGAGUUUGUCAGAGAUGUCAUGGGUUCCAGUGCUGGGGCUGGGAGCGGGGAGUUCCACGUGUACCGGCAUCUCCGUCGGCGGGAGUACCAGAGGCAAGAUUUCAUGGAUGCCAUGGCUGAGAAGCAAAGACUAGAUGAGGAAUUCCAGAAGAAACUGGAGAGGAAUAAGAUGGUUGCAGAAGAGCAAACAGCAAAACGCAGAAGGAAGCGCCAGAAGUUAAAAGAGAAGAAACUGCAAGCUAAGAAAAAUAAACUCGAACAAAAGAAGCAGGAAAAAGAACCUGGGCAAUCCCAAGAGCAAGGCAGCAGUGAGGAUGACGAAGAGGACAGCAAGGAGGAGGAAGAGAAGGAAGAUGAUGCUGAAGAGCCAAGUUUUGUGAUGGGAAGAGGAUGAGGCCUUCCAGGGACAGCUGGAAACACUGUUCAUUGCUUUAUAUUCAGGAGCAUGAAAGUCUUUCAUCUCAGCCAAGCAGAACCCAUUGGCGUACGUUACAUCUGCUUAACGGGGCAUGGCCUUCACGUCACAGGCCUGAGAGAAAAUGAUAGAGAAAUGCCAAAUAAGAGAUUUUUUUUCUUAAUUGCUUGUAUAACUGCUGUGCAGUCUGCUCUAAGUUUGCUCUAAAGAGUCAGCCAUAAGUCUCUAUGACCCUAGAGUUCUUUCUAAAAUGGCCCAGAGUGUUUUUCUGUCUGAAAGCUAAAACAUAACUAUUACCAUUUAAGGGGAAUAUUACUGUGAAGGCUACGUAUUCUACUUAUCUUGAAGCUAAGGUAGCAGUGGGAUACAUUAAUCUAGGGGAAGAGUUUAACCUGAAGUAGAAAAGUGGUCUGUAGCCAGACUCUCCUGCACUGUGAGUGUUCUGCGUUUGGGGUUUUGUAUGGGGUCAUCUCUAACCCAAAGAAAUCAGUUUAUGUUGCUAGACAAGUUCUAUAGAUUUUUAAUCUGGAUCCCUUUUUUAAUGCUAAAACUUUCCCUAUUGAUUUUCUUCCAUGUUUUCUAAAUUAAUAAAAGGGAUGUGUUGGAUUGUUCUGUCUUCUAUUUUUCUUUUUGGAAGAGGAUUUCAGUAAAAUAAAGAGAUGCUGCAGUGCUGCAGGAAGGGACAAAGAGAUCAAGUGAUGUGGUACACGAAAAUAUGGAAAAAGGUGUUAGCUGCAUGUCACUUACUUUCUGCUUUUGAAUUGGAACAAUACCUUUUCCCAAAGAUUGUGUGUAAAGCCUCCAAACUCUGUGGCAGAAAGGCUUGGAAUGGAAUCAUUUUGCUUGUGCUCAGCUUCCUGUGAUGACACCUGCCUUUCUCUCUGCUUGAGCGCUCUGCUUUGCACCUUGGAUUCCCCAGUAGGAAUCAUAACAUCCCUCUAUAUAUUUACUUAUUGGUGCUUAAAGCACAUGCAGUGGUGGUUUUACUUGUAACUCUGGUUUUUGUCUCUUCAAUGUAUCUUUAAUUAGAAGUGCCUGCUGGCUUUCAGACAUGCUCUUCCCAGAGCCUUGCAUCCAGAAUGUGGUGCUACUUCUUCUCAAGCCUCGGUUAGUGCCAAAUUAUUUUAAGCAAAAACAGCAAAAAGGGAGAAUCUCUUUUUAGAUUUUGCCUUUGUUGAAUAUUGCUGCCAGAAAUCCUGCAUUUUGUUUGAGCUGGCUUUAUGUAAUGGCUUCUCCAUGGUAUUACCAUGGUGGCUGGGAAGCAGAUGUGACCAAGUGCAAGUGAUGUUUGUGUUUAGUUCCCCUGUAUAUAUCUAAGGGCUUUAGAGCUGGAUAACUUCUGACCUGCCUUGUCCAUAUGCCUGCUGCCCACCCCAUUAGGGAUCUGCAUGGAACUGUUUUCUGCUCAAUCUCCACGGGGCCAGGUGCUGCCAGUUGUGGCAGCGUUUCAUUCAGAUGCAGGAUCCAUUUUCCCUGUGUGAGAUUAGCAUUGCUUCACAUGAAUCCCCCUUAGGGCAGGCAAACCCUGUCGAUACUGUGUUGUAGGAUGAGCCACAAAAAUGUGAGGGUUUUUUAUGGGCACAGAAGAACUGAGAGUCUCACAAAUCUUUAGAUGUUCUGCCUCUGAGCUGGUCAGGCCUUUGAGCUGAGUGAGUGCUGCUUGCAUUAAGCAGAGCAGAUGCUGCUGAGUGAGGACAUGCUUCCCUCAGCCAUGAGGAAGGUGAACUCGAGUUUGUCUUGGUGAUUGAACAAAUUCAGGUUGUGUGGCCUCAUCCUGCCUCCCUAAGAUGCCCACGCUGAAUUAUUCAUGCUGUGUUUUCCGGGAAUGCUGAGUUUGAAAUCCAUAAACAGCAAAGAGAGCAUGUUGGUGAAGGUGGCAUCUGCCUCGCGCUCUGUCUCGCCGGGGUGGCUGAGUGUAGCAGUAGGAACUGCAUUUGGUAGGUGUAGCUGUGAAUUCCCAUAAACACUCUGUUGUGGUUGUUCGUGGCAGUACGAGCUCGUUGAGAAUACAAAGCACUUCAAAGGCAGGUUUCAAGGGAUGUUUCUUCAUUUAGAAUAAAAUGCAAAUACUAUGUGACCUCAAAACGGGGAAAACCUCAUCCAUGGAGUAGAAAAGGGGAAGUGCUCCUGUGCAUAGUGAAAUCAGGAACAACUCUACAACUGAUUGCUAUUCCAAAUAGGGCACCAAGAAAUCAGUAAUAACUUACAGGCUUGAAACAGCCAAGGAGUUUGACCUGCUUACACUAAAUUCGUGCUCUGAGCUCUUUUCUAGAGGAGUCCCUCUCCUUUCUCUAAUGGAGAUUAACCCUCAAGGGCUAAAGUUGAUCUGUAUAUGUGUUUGUGCAAAUGUGGGCGCCUAAGAGACAGCAGUGUUUGUGCUGAAACCGAGCAGGGGUAUUCCUGCUCUCAGAGGUGAAAAGCACACUCAGGAUUACAUGUAUCUGUCUCUUUAUUCGGUUUUUAAGCAUUGUUUUCCUUUGUUCCCUCCCCCAGGCGGAAUUCAGGAAGAUGGGAUUACCCUGUUAUAAAGCUGACCCAUUGUGCUGCCUUUCAGCAUUUUCUUUAUCUCAUUUCCAGGGAAGGAACUCCCUCUCUUUCCCAUAAGGCUGUCCCUAUCCUUUUGAUGGGUUUAUACAGGAUUUCCUGCUGAGUCAAUAGCGGAGGAGAGCAGGGAGAUAGCAGUCGGGAUUCGCAGGGAGCCUGUGCUCAGCCGGAGGAGGUUCAGCCCGGCGGAGGCAGAGCAGCGCUGCCUUUUGACUUAUGUAAGUGGCGACUUUUUGCUGUAUAACUAAUAAUUGUAAUAAAAGCACAUUUGCAUCCCA